AAGAAAAAUCUCUUAUUUAAACUACGGAUUAAAAAAUCUAUCUAAACUUAAUUUUUGAUAAAAUCUGAUAUUUGUUAAGCUGACUGGUAGCAGAUAAUGGCUCUGAUUUAUGCACGUCCAAUUCAAUUGUGUAGUACGAAAUUUAGACCCCCAGCAACCUCUCAUGGAAGAAUAGUGGCCUCUGCAUCUAAUGAAAGCCCAUUCAAUAUUGCAGGGACAGCCCAAAGGAGAAGACAGUACUCACUACCAGUUACUCUUGAAGAAAGUGUGAAUCAGGCUAAGUUAGCAUGUAGAUAUGCUAUAAAAGAUGGAUUGACAAGGCUACAGUUGGAAGUUCUCCUUCCAUUGAUUGGAGCAACUGACCUUGAUGAUUGGCCUGGUGGAAUACAGCAGCAGUUCAAGGCUGCAAUGCCUGUUGUAUCAUCCCUACUAAAUGGAUUAAUUGAGGGUGAAGCUGCUGCUGAUGAUAGUGCAUAUCAGAAAUAUUUUUUAGAUGAGGGUGACGCAACUGGUGUGUGGGAACAAGCCAAGAUUGCAUUAGUACUGUUCCCAACUGCAGAAUCUUUACCAAGCAUUGAAAAUCUAGCAAAAGUUAAUGACCGCCCUUUACUACUGCUCAAUCCUCAAUGGCAAGCUGGUCAGGUAAUCUCUGAUUUUGGAUUUGGUGAGCAACGAAAACAAAGGGAGAAGUUUGUUCAAAGUUUUUCAAAUGUAUACUUCUUGAAACAGAUACGCAUCUUGGGGGAAGAUGUACGCUUGUUAAAAAGCUAUCCUGGAAUCUGGCAGGUUUUUGUAAUAGAAAAAGGAGGCAACAUCGAAUGCAUUGCAACUGAGGAGGAAAAGCCAUCAUACAAAAGGCUUCAAGACAUCUUGAAAGAAAGGAAAGGUGGUGUUGCAAAUAAAGGAUGGUUUGGGAGGCUCAUGGAUGAACUAAAGUUCAAUCAGGAUUCAUUAAGAUAGAUAAUAGUAGAAUUUGAACAAUUUUCAUGAUUGAAAAUAAUUUUGGCCAUCAAAAUAAAUGUCCUAUUAUAACUGUAGAGAUUAUCAUUGUACCAAAAAAGAGUUUCAAAAGCAUCAGUCAGAUUACAUUCUAAUUAUUUGCUUUGAAAUAAAAUUGAAGAGGAUUUCUCAAAUUUUAAAAGGAAGUACUCCAAAGUGUCAUAAUGCUUCCAUGUCUUUUCAUAUUUAGCUAGAGAAAUAUCUAUUGUAGUCUUCCACAUUUGAUUGGUAUAUGAAGACAAGCUUUAGUUUUGCAAGUUAAUCAAAACUUGAUAUUUUUGUCU